AUGGUGUCGGGUUUGGGUCUCGUCGGCUGCAAGGACGCCGCGGACCGCGAGUACACCGAAGAAAUCGUCGGGACCCCUCUUAUCGCAGAUCCUCUGGCCAAGUACCCUCGCGUCUACAAGUUGCGCUUGUGCACCAAAGCGUUGAAGGUGUCCCACUCGCUCAGCGCGCUCAUUUGGAUCCGACGCCAGCGACAAGAGUACGCGAGGGUCAAGCGCAAAAUCAUGCCCGCUAGCGCCACGGGGAGGUUCUUGGCCGCGAUUCUCGGCGCAGCGCAGACCGAGGCGGUCAUCAAGUUGAUGCAUUCGCGCGCGACCAAGCACGUGGGUCAUGCUCCGGCCAAGCCACAGUACCUUGGGCACGGUUUCUCUCGCCGCUGA